CUAAAAAUUCCUUUUAUCAAAGACAACUGAAUUUAUAUUCAAAUAAAUUUUCAUUAAAAUUUCAUUCAGUUGUCAUUUAAUUGUAUCAUUGCAUUAAUCUUUACCAUGCCUUUAGAAGCGGUUAUACGCAGAAAUGCUGAAAAUACAGAACGUAUUAUGAAAAAUGCCUUGGGUUAUGUAGUCUGUAAUAAUAAUUAUGGCACAAUAGCUAUAUCUUCCUAUGACAAUACCGUAUCAGUGGGCAUUAUAAAGUUAAUUUGUAAAAUGUUGGUAUCGGCCGCCAGAAGUGCAGUACGCGAUAUUGACAGUACUAACGAUUUGAAAUUUUUACGCAUAGCCACUAGAAAAUUUGAAUAUUUGGUAGCACCAGAAAAGGAAUUUACUAUAGUGGUGGUGCAAUGAACUGUUCAUAUCAAACAUAUUUUACAAAAACUUUUAUUUUUUAAUAUAUUUUAUUAAUAAAAAAAAUGGCCACUACAAAUAAUUAUACAUUUUUUUUAAUAAAAGAGAUUUUUA